AUACUCUUUUUAUACACGAUUAGUUUGCAAAAAUGAAGUUACAAUCCUUAACGUUAUUGUCUGUUGCAGCCACCGCCUUAGCUGUUAACCUUGAACAAAUAAGAUUGAUUAAUGAAGAUGCUUUGGUUCUUGAUGGCACUCAAUUCGAUUAUCCUGUUCUUGGCAAAAUAAACGAACAAGAUGAGUUCAAGGAUAUGGGAAAGAAGAAAGCCCACAAGAAGAACAACAACAAGGAUAAGAAGAAGAAGACCCAAAAGAAGGAAAAGAAGACCACCAAGACUACCCUUACUACCCUUCCUCCAUCCAGUACUCCUUCACUCUCAUUUACUAAAGUCACAUCCACCAAGCACUCAUCUAAAACUUCAAGUGAAACUACUACUACUACUUCUUCUUCCAAGCACGAGUCCAGUUCCAAGUCUCACUCUCACACUGCUUCAAUUACCAAGACUAACGGUGGUGACUCUGUUGUUGUUUCCAUUGGUGGACCAAUUGCUCUUGCUUUAGGAUUAUUGUUGUAAGGACAUUUCUAUUUAAAUAUUAUAUACUGUUAAAGGACGAUUUUUUUUUUGACUUUUUGUAAUGGUUUACUAGUUGGGCCUUAUCUCUUAUCAUGCUCUUUAGUCUUUAGUAACCCCUGAGUCUAUAUGUUAGCUCCUUAAAAGAGAAUAAGUGGCAUCGAAAUAUACAAAGGGAGCCCACGUUGGAACCAAUAUAAUUAAUAUUUUUCUGUAUUGUUCAAUUGAGGGCUUGUCACGUUUUGUGUAAUGAAAAGUUUCAUACUGGUUUUGAGCUCAACCACAGUCAGAGGACCAGACGGACUUUAGUUUAAUUGAUUAUCAUAACAUACUUCUUUCUUCUUAAUGCAAUUCUGGGACGUAACUCUUUGCCUUUAAUGAAAAAAAAGACAAGAGAGUGUUCAAACCAUUGUGAACUUCAAAUAGUGAUGAAAGCCCAAUAAUUUGAGCUAUAAAAGUCAAUAGUCGGCAAUCUCAACUAUUUUCAUCUGUAUAAUCACAGCUAGAUCAACGGGUAUCAGUCUUCAGUAAUGAUACAGUGACAUCCUUACAUAAGUAUAAAUGCCCAGUAUAGGGAUAAAGACCUAGGCAACAACUUACUCUAUGGGGAGAAAAAGACAUACCACAAGUAGCUCAGCCUUCCGCUUAAAUUUCAAAUAAUGAAAGACAUCAGAAGUCUCAGGAGAUGCCCUUGGAUACUCCGUUGAUCCGUUUUGCUUAAUCAUGAGACUAGCAAUGUUGGUCAUACCGUUUGUCCGGGUGACUCACCUACUUUUUUUGUUGGAUGUCGCGAAGAGAUUUACGAUCAAAUGUCGUAGGCCAAAACCGGGCCGUUUACGAAAUGAUAACACUGCUAGUGCGCGCACUAAUAAAAAAUGAAUCAUUUCCUCCAUAGUUAAUUUCAAGCUGUUCCGUU